AUGGACCUGCUCAAAUCCCUGACCAAGGAAAAAGUUGCGAGCAAUGUUAAACUCUUCACUGAGACGGAGAAAGUACUUCUCGGUCCAAGAAAUGUGGAUCAUUUGUUGGCACUGAUACUCAGUCCCGCCUCAAUAUUGGACUUUGAAGAAAAAGCACAAGGAUAUCAAUGUUUGCAAAACUUCUCUUGCAAACAAUAUUUUCCUUUACCACAACAUUUCAACGUGCAAGCACUUGCAGAGAAAGGCUGGAAAGAUUUGAAGAGAUUAAUUCAGAUGAUGGAGAAAGAGGAGGUUGCUGCUGAAAAGGAGCGCAAUGCCCUGUUGAACAUCCACACGUUGCAGGUUAAAAAGACAAAAGAAUCAAAGCAAAAGAAACCCCAAAAGUGA